GGAGGAAAUUUCGUUCAAGCGUUCGAGGUUGCAGCGCAGUCAGCAAGCAGGAUCAGAGUCUGAGGAUUCGAAUGAGUCUGCUGGUGAGCAGGAUUUCUUAGAUUUACCAACCAGCGAGGUCCCAGAAGAACAUCGAGCUGAAUGGGAGAAAUUUUUUGGACAUGCGGAUGCUAAUAAUGAGUACAUUUCCCAACUCCAGAAAAAUUUGGAAGACGCGAAACUAAAGGUUGGUGAAUAUAUCCGCACUUUGGGUCCCUUCCACCACGAUUAUACCUCCCACACCGGGGAAUCUGAUCGCCGUGUGACAUUAUGUUACUUGAUGUCGGCUUAUUCCCCAACGGACUGCAGUUCUGAGGUGGAGAAGGAUACUUUCUAUCGAGAGCUAUCCGGACUCAUUCGUCAAGCAAAAUGCACUGACAUCGUGAUCCUUGCAGGCGAUAUGAAUGCUCAAGUAGGUCGUAUGGGCUCCUUGGAAUCACAUUCGGGUGGUCGAUUCGGAGUCGAUGCUCGCCGCACAGACAACGGAGAUCGACUCCUUCAGCUGUGUGCUGAUCAUGAGCUGUUUCUAGCAAGUACGACUUUUCAAUAUAAACGUUCGCACCGCUUAACCUGGCGGCCACCAACUGCAAAUCAACCGUGGACCCAGUUGGACCAUGUGGCCAUCAGCCACCGGUGGAGAGCCACAAUUCAAGACUGCCGUUCCUUCUGGGGCACACCACUUGAUUCCAAUCACGCCAUGGUGUUUGCACGCCCGACAGUUCGUUUCCCUUCAGGCCCUCGUAAGUCAGCAAGAAGCAUGCCAAUCCACUGUCUUCGAAGAACUACCGUACCUCAACAGUGUCGAUCUGAGCUAGCCCAACAACUCUCCACAGUAAACCAGUACUGUGGUGGCAGUGAACGUGUGGAUGAAGCGUGGCAAAAUGUGAAAGGAGCUAUACUAGCGGCGUUCAGUGCUUCCUGCCCGACUUCUCCAAUUCGACCACAAGACCACUGGAUGUCGUCAAGGUCGUUAUCCAUGAUUGAUGCCAGGAAAGCCAUACCAGCAGGCAACGAUUUCUAUGAAAAUUACCUUCUACCCAAGGUCAAGCAAGACAUCGAGGAGAAUCGGCGACUGUCUGUUCACAUGUUUGAGGCUCUAAUCGCUUCAAUGUUCCGUGCUGAAGAAUUCGUUUCUGGGGUCUUCCUUCCUUGGAUACAGUCCGACAUGUCCAAAACCGAGGGAGUGAUUCUUGCUCAUUUGAUCAAAAAAGCCACACUGAAAUCCCGAUUCGCUGCCGUUGCUCUAGCUCUGACGCUUGAGGAAGAUUUCAGUAUUCCACGCUCGUUAGUGAUUGAAGCCUUAUUAUCCAAACGAUAUAAUAUGCCAGAAGCGGCACUCUCUCGAGUGAUUCAGUACUUUUUGAGCUUUGACAAAGAUUGUACUGCCUACUACAGCGACGAGAAUCGCAUGCCUGUGACUUGGUUCAGGACGCUGCUUCUAUUUCUGGAAUUUUAUCGACAUUGCGUCCGGCCAGACGACCGGACUUCACUCAUCAAACUUUGCAGGCGACACGAACAUCCACAAGUCACCGCAGAGAUUCGAGCACUUCUUUCUCUUGUACCAAACACCUCUUCGGCUGUUUGA